CUGAGUGUUACUGUUUGUGUCGCAAUUCUGCUAAUCAGGUCUCUCGCCAACAGUCUUGUGUACAGUGGCUUACUGAAAAGGCGCGGCGAAGAGGAUAGGAUAGCAACAUGGCUACCACAGCACAGAUGGCAGACGACUUAUACGCAAAGAAGAAGCACAAAAUACGCCGUGAUUUUCACAACCGGGAACAGCGUGAAGGAGAGAGCAUUUCGGAGUUCUACAAGGAGCUAAUGUCGCUUGCAUCAUCGCACGGGGACAUUCCUAAUGAAGCUAUAUGCUCCACUUUCAUUCGGGGACUCCGCGAAGAAUGGAUCUCCAUUGAACUUGAGAAGAUGAAGGGCCCUGAUAUAGACACACUUUACAAGAAGGCCAUUGAAUUGGAGGCUGAAUCACACCGUGGAAGAGAAAUGAGUCAAGGUAUUCCGGCGACAUCUGAACCGUCACAAGUACAACAGGAGGCAUCGCAAGAGCAAGCACUACAGCACGCAGACGCACCAACGGCGGCUGGCACAUUGCGUGCCAUGGAAACCACAGGGCCUGAAAAAGGGGCGGCAGGACGCAUAGCUGUAGGGAAAAGCGACCCUGAUGAUUACUAUCUGAAUACUCCUCGGGGAGGUGCGUGCAUCAUCAUCGAUGUUAGAAACCCUCCACGCGUUACGAUGCCGAAGUCUGGCAUAGGACCGAUACCUAUAGGGAAACGUCCUGACAGCUCACUUGCGGACAAGCUGCAAAAUACAUUUGAGCAGUGGGGAUUCCGGGUGAAAGUUUAUGUUGACCCUGCGAAGGAAGAGUUGUUUCAAAACCUGGAGAAAGAAGCGAAGGGCAACUGGGACAUGGUGGCCUGUUGUUUCCUGACAUUUGUGCAUCAGCUGACAGAUGACCUGUGCACCCAGGACGGCUCCGUGAGCAUAAAAGACCUCACGGAAACUUUUGACGGAGCAAAUGCUUCCAACCUCUUGGGCAAACCCAAGCUCUUCUUCAUCCACACGUCGAAGACAAGCCGAGAAAUGAGCGUAUGCAGCGGAUUCAGUGACACGACGUCGAGAAAUACAUUGCCGGGCGAGCCUGAUUUCUUCAUCUGCACCUCGGGACAGCAAACAGAAGGCAAGGAGUCUACCGACGCAUUCAUUGAACAUUUCUGCAAAGUAUUCGACAAGUCUGCCAAGACCAUGGAACAACAGGACUUUACAGAGUUACUCCGAGCAGUCAACAGGGAACUUCUGAAUGCUGCAGUCGACAAGAGUGAUAUUCGAUUGCCUAGCCACAUAUCAACUCUCAGAAGGCGGUUGUACUUCCGCAAGGCGUCUGAACAGUCUGGAUCUUCAACGAGAGUUCCAGGAACUGAGGACAUCAAGAAAAAGACAACCAUGCACGGAACCCUGAAAGGAAGUCAGAAAGAACUUUUACAGAUGACGUCGACACCGGAGCAGCCCUGCUCUUCCUGAAGCAGAUAUGGGAUCCAUAUGCAAGGAUCUUUUUUUUUUUACCUUGUACCUAAUUGUUCCUUGUCUUUCGCUGUUUCUCUUGCACAAGUGAGUGGCUACAUACAGCAGGUUUCAUUUGAUUUUUGUAAUAGCAAGUCGCCAUCAGCAUGGCUCACAUUUCCUCUUCUCUUUUCUUUCUAUUAAACAUAUCCCCCCCCCCCCGCGCAUGAGCACAGAUAUUCGUAAUUGACACAAAAGAUAAAAACGAAAACAACAAAGUUACAGUAUCACAACUUGUACGUGAGUAGAAUAUUAAAGUAUACGUAAUGUUG